CCCAAUUCUGCCGAUUUAGCGGCUGCCCACUCCUCCCUCCUGCACCGACCUCCAGGGGAAACCGCUUUGUUACCAACCGUAUCCAAAUUUUACGCGGGUUACCCAAGUCCGACUCAAUUAAAAUACAGUAGCCCCAGAGAGCGGCGGCAGUGGUAACACAGCGACAGCUAACCCUACCUGGAGACGCCAGGACCCGGGGCAGUCAUGGCAGCGAACAUGUACCGGGUUGGAGAUUAUGUUUAUUUUGAAAACUCAUCCAGUAACCCACUGCUGAUCCGGCGGAUAGAAGAGCUCAACAAGACGGCCAAUGGAAACGUGGAGGCUAAAGUGGUCUGUUUCUACCGACGCAGAGACAUCUCCUCAACGCUCAUCGCCCUCGCCGACAAACACGCACGAGAGAUGGAGGAGGAGAUGGAGAACCCAGAGUUGAACCCAGUUGACCUGCCAGAGAAACAGAAACACCAGCUGAGACACCGGGAGCUGUUCCUGUCCCGCCAGCUAGAGUCACUACCCGCUACACACAUCAGAGUGGGAGAUGAUGCGUUCUUCUACUCCCUGGUCUACGACCCCCAGCAGAAGACUCUUCUGGCUGAUAAAGGRGAGAUCAGGGUGGGGAACAAGUACCAGGCAGACAUCACAGACUUCCUCAAAGAGGGUGAGGAGGAUGGCAGGGACCUGGCCAAGCUGGAGGAGAAGGUGUGGGACCCCAGCAGUCCCCUCACAGAGAAACAGAUCGACCAGUUCCUGGUUGUGGCUAGGUAA